CUCGACAAUAUUGUAGACGACAUGGACGAACUAAAUGCCAUACUAGAGACUUAUGCCAAUCAAAUUCAAACAUACUAUGAACAAGAAUACCAUCCAAGUAACGCUUGGUAUCCUUUAUUCUACGAAGAGCAAAUAAAACAGGAUGACAAAGAUUGGGUAAAACAGAACUACGAAACGUUUCUGAAAGGAACUGCGAACGAAAUAUUGUACAAUAGGUGGUAUCAUUCGGAUUCAGGUUAUAUUACGGCAUUGGAAUAUGCUCCUAAUGGUUCUCAUAUUAUCGCUGGUCACUCGUCUGGAUUAAUACAGAUGCACCAUGGCCGCACGGGAGCUGCCUUGUACACUCUGCGCAGUGUCCAAUUUCCACCAAAGCCCAUAUACGCCCUGGAACACAGUCAUACGGAAGAACGAGUCUGCUAUGCUGCCUGCGUGGAUGGAACUAUUUAUCGCAUCGAAAUUCCAUUUAUACCAGACGCGGUAGAGGAUGAAAAAAGUUACGGUAUAAAAGUGAAUCCAGGCCUAGACUGUCUACAGAUGCAGUAUCAUGCUGCUCCAGGACCAUCAUUGUGCUCUGCUCCUUUUAUUACACAACGUUCGCCGGCGCUCGCUCUGGGGAUAUCCGCAGACUCCGCCAACAUGGUCGUCGGCUACGGUGACGCCUCCAUAAAAGUGCACGACAUGGAGACACAGCAGGCAGUCCGUUCAUUCAAAGUUCACAAGCUGCGUCUCCAGUUUAUCCCAAAGAAACUGCAACGCAUGCACAUCGGACAGGUGUGCGCCAUCAAGUGCCACGACGACAGGCCGUUUGUCUUCGCGAGUGCGGCGUGGGACAAGACUGUCAGGAUCUGGGACACGAGGUGCCAAGUUGGCUGCACGAUGACGUUCGAAGGGGUUGACGUGUGCAGUAACAGUAUUGAUUUAAAAAGAAACUUCUGCAUAGCAGGCAGUUGGCUACCCACAGAAGCUCUGACAGUGUGGGACAUCGCCGCUAAGAAGAAGGUGUCCAUCGUGCGCGUGCAGAACCGGCGGCCAGAUGUGGAUGGGGAGUACAUCUACGCAUGCCGGUUUUGGAAUUCUCGUAAGUACAACCGCAAAGCCAAAUACGGCAUCAUAGGCGGCAGCGGUACCAACUGCGUAGAGAUCAUUAAUCUUCACAACCGCUACAUAACUUGCUCAUACCCCGCCCAGGGCGCGGUGCUCGCCAUCACCAGCCACGAGGACCACAUAGCCUUCGGCGGCACGGCCCCAGUCUUGAACAUAGUGAGCUUCCACGACCCCAAGCAUGAGGAGUACCCGAAAGACAAUGUACACCAGGAAUUUGGUGACGUGGUUGUACAUGAUUUGGACGAUUGUGAAAGCCGUGCAUCGACAAUGUUUAGUUUUGUAUAG